CUCAGAGCAUCAAGAGAACGUUGUUUCCCCUCCUCUGUGCGCCAUCACGUGCUCUUCCUUCUCCCACCCCCUCCAUCCUCCUCUCACCGCCUCUUCCCCCAAACAACACGGCGUUUCUACAUUAGCCGACAACAUGGAGGCCGUCAAAACCUUUAACAGCGAGGGUCGACAUCAGGGUAUAGAAGUGCCCCUUUAUCGUACUAGUCAGCUAUUUUCACUGAAUGACUACAAACCACCUAUUUCUAAAGCCAAAAUGACCCAGAUAACCAAGUCUGCAAUCAAAGCUAUUAAGUUUUACAAGCAUGUUGUUCAGAGCGUUGAGAAAUUCAUCCAGAAGUGCAAGCCGGAAUAUAAGGUCCCUGGGCUGUAUGUCAUUGAUUCAAUAGUUCGGCAAUCCAGACAUCAGUUUGGUCAAGAUAAAGAUCUUUUUGCGCCUCGUUUUAGCAAUAACAUAAUUAAUACUUUUCAUAAUCUGUACCGUUGUCCUGCUGAUGAGAAGAGCAAAAUUGUAAGAGUUCUGAAUCUCUGGCAGAAGAAUAAUGUGUUUAAAAGUGAAAUUAUUCAGCCACUUCUCGAUAUGGCUGCUGGGAUCCCUCCUCCAGUUGUUACUCCAGUCUUACCUAGUACUACUGCUGCAAUGAGCAACACUCCAGGAACGCCAGUAACCCCAGUUACACCAGCAAAUAUUGUUCAGGGAAUUCCUGAUCCGUGGAUUGCACAGAUAAACAACACAGAUACUCUUGCUGCCGUAGCACAAAUUCUGCAAAGCCCUCAAGGGCAACAGCUUCAACAGCUUGUACAGUCUUUGCACAUCCAACAGCAAAAGCCGCAACCUUCUCUUCUACAAGCCUUGGAUGCUGGUCUUGUGGUUCAACUGCAGGCACUUACAGCUCAACUUACAGCAGCGGCUUCAUCUUCUAAUCCUCUCAACCAACUAGAACAAAGUGUUUCUCUCAGCAAGAAGUUAAUGGAUAGGUUUGAUUUUGGAGAUGACUCUAACCAGCCAGAAGAUACAAAAAAGGAGACCCAACAAAUCCCUCUGAUUCCUGAAUCUGUGAAUAACUCAAUUUUCCAUCAACUUGCGGAACAUUUGCAGCAGCAAAAUCUUGAGCAUCUUCGACAGCAAUUAUUGGAGCAGCAACAUUCUACAAAGGUAACAGCUCAGGAAAAUCAGGACUUUAUGUCUGAAUCAGAAAACUCUGCAACACCUUCCCAGGAUGACAGCCAACAGCCAUUUUUGGAGUCUGAAUCACAAAUGCAUAGCUCCAUGAACAUGCAACAAGAAGAUAUGGAAAUUGAGGAAACACUGGAUGAAAAUGAAGAGAUAUUUGAAAAAGAAGAAAAGAAGAUAAUGAAACAAGAAAGACCUAGGACACGUUCAAAGUCUCGCUCAAGGUCACCAAGGAAAAGACGAUCACGAUCUAGGUCUGGAUCCAGGAAGCGCAAGCAUAGAAAACGCUCACGGUCGCGAUCUAGGGAGAGAAAACGCAAAACAUCCCGCUCAUAUUCAAGUGAAAGGAGGGCAAGAGAACGAGAGAAAGAACGACAGAAAAAAGGCCUCCCUCCUAUCAGAUCCAAAACUCUUAGUGUCUGUAGCACUACACUCUGGGUUGGUCAAGUUGACAAAAAAGCCACACAGCAGGAUUUGACAAAUGUAUUUGAAGAAUUUGGACAGAUUGAAUCAAUAAAUAUGAUUCCACCAAGGGGCUGUGCAUAUGUCUGCAUGGUUCAUAGACAAGAUUCCUACCGGGCUCUUCAGAAGCUUAGCUCUAGCUCUUGUAAAAUUGGAUCCAAAAUCAUUAAGAUUGCUUGGGCUUUGAACAAAGGUGUGAAAACAGAAUAUAAGCAAUUUUGGGAUGUUGAUCUUGGAGUAACAUAUAUACCAUGGGAAAAAGUCAAGGUGGAUGACUUAGAAGGAUUUGCUGAAGGUGGAAUGAUUGAUCAGGAGAGUGUGAAUAAUGAGUGGAAAGCACAGAAAAGUUCUGAAGCAGCAGCAGGUGCUAAAGAGCCCACACCUGAUCUUGCCACAGUAGCUCCCACUACCAUUGUCACUUCUGCUCCCACUCCAGUUGCCACCACAACAGCCCAGUCUUCAGUCGUUCAGAAGAAUUCUGCUGUAAUCUCACAGCCUGAGGCAUAUACUCAGCCUGUUGCAGUGCUUCAGAUCCCAGUUGCUCCAGCUGUAAGCCUAGUUCCGCCAGCAUUUCCUGUCUCAAUGGCUGUGCCUCCACCAGGCUAUUCUGCAAUUCCACCACCUCCUUUCAUGAGGGCUUCUUUUAAUCCUUCGCAGCCACCACCAGGUUUUAUUCCACCACCUCUUCCUCCCCCUGCUAUUCCUCCUCCAGCUCUUAGCUCGGCACUUCCAGCAGCCACUCAAAGUACAGUGACCAGCAACAUUGGGAUAUUAGGUUUGCAACCACCAUCACCUAUUACAGCAAGCUUGCCUCAUGUAAACAUCCCUACUAGAAUGACGGGUAUGCCUCUAUUGGAUGUUUGUCAAGGGUUACUUUCACAGACAGCAUCAGCAAGAUUCACUUUGUUACAUCCAGGAAUACCUCCACUUCCACCACCACCAAGAAGUAUGCUCCCUCCAGGACUGAUUGACAUUCAUCCAUUGCCUUUCCCUCUAGGGGAAAUGGUUUCUCUUCCUGACAGAUCUCUUGGAGUCCAAAGCAGAUUAGAUUCUGAUACCGUUAAUGUUAAAGAAAAGAGGCAGACUGUGUCAAGCAGUAGUAUUCAGGAGGGGGAUCAAGAUUAUCGGUUUCCUCCAGUUGAAAACCGUCAAAAUUCAAGUAAACCAUCUACAGAAAAACAUGGAAGUGAGGCAAUGCCAAGUGCAGGUAACAAAGAAAUGCAAAGUGUAAGGAUUACAGAUGAAAGUGUUCAAGCUAGAAAUGCAGAUGAUGACCAUGAGCCACAGGACAUGGCCGUUGUAGACUCCUCUGAAAGUCAAGAAAAGUCUAUGGAGGAGACUAGUGUAGCUCAUUUAUCCAGUGAGGAGUUACAUAAAGAUGAAAGGAAGUCUGAAGCAGAUGCCUUUGAAGGUUUAAGACAGCCGGUCCAACAAGGAUAUGACCAUAAGGGAACAAAUAUUCUGGAUGCGCAUGAUGGCCAAGUCAGGCAACCACUAAAUGACAAACAAUUUAGAGGCCCAACAAUAGACAUAUUAUCACCAUUUCAAAGUUAUCCAAGUGAUAGAGAUAUUUUUGCUCGACCACCUUUAGGGAGUAGGGAUCACUUUGGAAUGCCAUAUAUAGAGACACAUGAUCGUUUUGGCAGGCCUUCUAUGGAAAAUCCUUUUAGACAGCCUAUUUUAGAUGGCAGAAACCAUUAUGGGAGGCCACCAAUGGAUGGUAGAGAUCAUUUUCGAAGACCGCCUCCAGAUAUAAGAGAGAAUCACGGAAGAACAUUUGUGGAUAUUGCUGGUAAGCAAUUACAUUUCCCAUUAGAAAAACCAUGGGGACAUCAGGAAGAUUUUGAUGAAAGACCCCACCAUUCUUUCACUGGUUUUCAAGGACUAAAAGGCUUUCAUGAUGAAAGGCAUCAUCAUGGAAACUUUAGGCAGGAGCAUCGAAAUACUCCAAAUUGGAAUAGAGGGUUUGAACAAGCUACACAUAGAGAUUUUGAUGACCGUCGCCACUCAUGGGAAAGACAGGUUGAUAGGGAUGAACGAGAUUUUGAUUUCCGUAGAGAAGUUAAUGGUGACCCUUUUGAAAGAGAGAGACAGUCAGACAACAGGGUUCCUCCACAGCCUCAGACACACAUUUUUGAGUAUUUCCCAGAAGCGACUUCUACUCAAAACACUAGCAAGCCUCAAGUUAAUGGAGAAAAUACAGAGAAUAGCAAUCAAAAAGAAACUGUAAGCAAAUCUGAUGAUCUUGAACCCUGUGAACAGAAAGAAACUUCAGUUAAAGAGGGUGAAGAGAAUGACAUCAAGGAAACUGAAACAGAAAGUCAAAUUGUGGUUGAAAGCACAGAUACUGAAGGGACAUAAUCAUCACUCAGUAGGUAAAGAUACCUUUUGUAAAGUUGUUGCAGCUCUGUCAUAGAUUAAUGGCUGAUUGGACCUUAUUAGUUUGCUUGUCAGCCAUACUUAAAUUAAUCGGAAGUUACUAUAACCUUUCACUUAUCUAGCUGGCUUGUAUAGACUGAUCAUAAUCGAAAAAUGAUAGGUAGUUUUUUAAUUUGCAAAAUAGAAAUCACAGUUAUUGCCCCACUUGCUUUUAACCGUAAAUAGGUCUUUAAUAACCUGUCAAGCAAUGAGACUUCCUAUGGAAGAAUUUUUUUUUUCUGCCAUUGGGUUGAAUAUUAUAACUAAGCAUUUCAGGCUGCUCUUCAAUUUUAAAAUGUAGACAAAUUUAUGAUUGAUACUUUGCUUAAAAAUUGCUCUGGCAAUCUUUGCAGAUCGCAGUACCAAGACACACAAAUGUUUAUUUUAUUUAUUUUAUUUUAUUUUUUUGUAAAAUUACUUUACAAUUCAUAUAAAAAUUGUUUCUGUGUUUGUGAUUUGUUUCUUGUACUGCAGUGAGUAAAAAAGUAAUAUGGAAAGUAUGUUUCAAUGUUGGGUGCAUUAUGUUUUUAGAUCCUAAUAAAACAUUUGUUUGAUAA